AUGUCAUUUGAUACAGUUUCCAGAACUAGGAACUGUGAUGUCCGCUGUGGCCGACAAGAGCGCCUCGAACAAAGGCGAAACGCGGCUUUCACGGCAUUUUACCGAUAUACCGGGUCAGCGUCUCGGUUUGCCACGUAUGGGGAGCUAGAGGAGAAGUUGAGGGAGCUGAGGUCGGCGGUGAGGGAUUUGAGAUGCAAGGUGAGGGAGACAGUCGACCAGAUGAAGGCGUUGGCAAGGGAUAUGGAGAGUGCGAUGCGAGGAACGGCGGCUCAGCUGCAGACAGGACCAGCGCGAGAGGUUGACGGUACAGAAGCUCCAGGGGGGGGAGCUCCAAUACUAAAUCCCCACUCUGAUCGUCAGGAAAGCAUGAUGACGACAAUCGAGCGUGCUCCGGUAGCAGACCAUCCGCGCGCUGCGGUGAAGGGGAAGUGGACAGAUGUCAAUAUUCGCAUUCACGAUCACUGA